AUGGCACCGCCUUCGUCACCCAAGCCCUGUAGUACGACCGAGGAUCCAUCUUCAACGGUUCCGAAGACUCCCACAGAGAGCGAGUUGUGGGAGGACAUUGUGGACCUCUUUGACGGUAUCAACGGAUGGGAUACCAGCCUGGAUUCACUACUCGAGGAGGAACCUGACACCAAUGUCGAGACGGGGGAGCCCCGCCCAGAACCCCUGCCCGAUUCUAUCCCUGGGCAGGAAGAUAAAUUGGAGCGCGACCAAGACUUCGAUCUGGAGUGGGAGAGGCAGAGUGAUAGGAGCGACGACCCGUUGCAAUGGGCGCUUAACUAUGAGUCAGGAGGAUCAUCGUCGCCAACGUCCCCGAAAGCCAUCGACUCGGUGUGGCGGGACUCGCCGCCCACACUUGUGCCAAGGCCACGUGACGAGGAGGGGUACGACUCGCCGCCACCACUUGUGCCAAGGCCUAGCGACGAGGAGCAGCACGACUCGCUGCCACCACUCGUGCCCAGACCGCGCGACGAGGAGUGGUGCGAUUCGCCGCCGCCACUCAUACCGAGGACACUGACACCGAUACCGGGGUCACCGUCCCGAAUAGGGGCUAUCUAG